UUGUGGCUUCUUGACUACGCUUCACAGAUUAAACUGUAGCUACGACCAUUGGAAGACUUGUUAGCAGAAAGUACCUAACCAUUGAUUAAAGUUCUCUCAACAACCUUAUGGCUUCAUCAUUGUCAUCAUCAUCUCCUUCUUCCACGUUCUCUCAAGGAAAGUAUGAUGUUUUCCUUAGUUUUAGAGGAAAGGAUACUCGGGCUAAUUUUACCAGUCAUCUCUAUGCUGCUUUGUGCCAAAAACAAAUUCAAACCUUCAUUGAUGAUGAUGCGCUUAAGAGAGGAGAUGAAACACCGCCUGCCCUUCUGAAAGCAAUUGAAGAAUCAAAGAUUUCAUUAAUCAUUUUCUCUAAGGAUUAUGCUUCCUCUAGGUGGUGCUUAGAUGAACUGGUAAAGAUUCUUGAAUGCAAGAAAAUCAAGGGCCAAAUGGUUAUUCCAGUUUUUUACAAUGUAAAUCCAUCGGAUAUACGCCACCUGACUGGAAACUAUAAGGAGGCUUUUGUUAAGCAUGAAGAAUAUUUUAAGGGGAAGAAAGAAAAAGUGCAAAGAUUUAGGACUGCUUUAACAGAAGCUUCCUAUCUAUCUGGAUGGGAUUCAUCUGUAACAAGGCCCGACUCCAAACUUGUAGAUGAAAUUGUUAAAGAUAUUUUGGAGAAAUUGAAUGGUAUAUCACCCUUAACUGAUUGUGAAGGUCUAGUUGGAUUAGAAUCACGCAUUGAGCAAGUGAAAUCAUUGUUAUGCACGGGAUUGUCAGAUUCUCGAGUUGUUGUGGGAAUUUGGGGGAUGGGGGGGAUUGGUAAAACAACCAUCGCUGAAGCUAUUUUCAACCAAAUUUCUUGUCAGUUUGAAGGUCGUUGCUUUAUUCAAAAUGUUAGAGAAGAAUCAGAAAAAUGUGGUGGGUUAGCUCGUUUAAGAGAGCAAGUUAUUUCUCAAGUAUUACAAGAAAGAAAUCUUAGUAUUGGCAUUCCCAAUAUGAUACCUCCAUUCAUUAAGCACAGGCUUCAAUGCAAAAGGGUUUUCAUUAUUCUGGAUGAUGUCAAUGAUUCAGAACAAUUAGAGUUUUUAAUAGGAGGGAUUGAUCGGUUUGGUCCAGGAAGUAGAGUUAUUAUAACCACUAGAGAUAGACAGGUUCUUCGCAAUUUUGAAGUGGAUAACAUUUAUGAGGUGGAGGGAUUCGAGCAUCAUGAAGCCCUUCAACUGUUUUGCAAUUUUGCCUUUAAACAAAAUAGCCCUCCUAAUGAUUUUUGGGAGCUUUCAAACAAAGUGGUACUUUAUUAUGCCAAAGGCAACCCAUUAGCUCUUAAAGUAGUGGCUUCCUCCUUGCACAAAAAGAACAAACAAUAUUGGGAAAGUGCAGUGAAAAAAUUAAACAAGACUCCUAGUCCUAAAAUUCUUAACAUAUUGAGAAUCAGUUACGAUGGGCUAGACCAUGAAGAGAAAAAUAUAUUUCUUGACAUUGCAUGCUUCUUUAAAGGAAAGGAUAGGGAUCAAGUGAUAAGAAUAUUGGAUGGUUGUUACCACUCUGCCCUUAGUGGAUUGAGUGAUCUCAUUGACAAAGCACUCAUAUCAAUUUCAAGCGACAACACGCUACAAAUGCAUGAUUUACUACAAGAGAUGGGCUGGGAAAUUGUUCGUAAAGUAUCCUUCAACGAGCCUGGCACGCAUAGCAGAUUGUGGAAUCCUGAAGAUGUUUGCAGCGUUUUGAAGAAUAAUACUGUGAGUAAAAAUUUAAUGGAAUUUUAUUUUUACUUCACUUUGUAUUUUAUGCUAAUUAUUCUUUCUUCUGCUUUAAGGGAACUGAUGCAAUUGAAGGCUUGUUCCUAG